AUGAAGGAAUCUACAAUACCUAUGUUCUCGAUACGGACUAUAAAUCAUGGGGCUUAAUUAUGCACUGUGCCGAGAAGAAGAAACAUCCACGUUAUUUAUCCGCUUUGUUACUCUCACGGGAACCCACUUUGGGUGAAAAUGUGAUAAAUUUCUUGAAAGAAAAACUACCACGCUAUGACAUUGAUUUGUCCUUUAUGUUUCCCAUCAAUCAAACCACCUGUGACAAUUUAAUGGAAUCAUCAAAAGAUGAUCCGCUGGCGUACAUUGUGAAUGGACGUAAAAAUGCCAAAUCAAUGUUUAAAAUAAUUCUUAAAAAUUAA